UAUUAGUUUACUACAUAUGUGCAUUCAGAAUUUCAUUUACAUGUGUGGAUAAUGAGACUGCCCUUAUAUAUCUAUUAGUUAAACGAAUUUGCUAGAAUUUAUUCGAGUUCACCUUCAACAGGAUGUAUUCUUGAAAUACAAACGUAUUUUUUCCUCCAUGAAAAACUCCAAAUAGGUCCGCCCGUGCGGCAGCGCCAUUUGUACGUUCAUAUCCUUCUUUCUUCAACAGAUUUUCAGUUCCUUCGUUUGCAUUAGACGAUCGGUAUCGGGCUUGACAGCUAGCCUAGCUGCACUUGGAAUCUAACAAGACCAAAGCGACAUGGCAGAGGCAGGAUGUUCCACCGUGGAAGGCAGCCUGACACAGGAGUUUGUGGUGCCAUCCCAUGUGCAGAUGGUAAAAGGCCUUAUGGCGGAGUUUGCCGAGCGUCAUGGGUCUGCAGGCCGUCGUGUGGUGCUGGUCACCUCGGGCGGCACCAAGGUGCCCCUGGAGUCCCGUACGGUCCGCUUCCUGGACAACUUCAGCAGUGGGCGGCGUGGGGCAUCCUCAGCGGAGUACUUCCUGGAUGCAGGGUAUGCCGUGGUGUUCCUGCACCGGCACCGCUCCCUAUACCCGUACACGCGCCGCUACGCUGGCGUCAACCUCCUGGACGGCUUACGGCUGGAGCCAGCCGCGGGGGAGUGCGCCCCUGCCCGGGUUGUGGCGGACCAGGAGUCCCUGCCCGGCAUCGCGGCUGUGCUGCAGCGCUACCAGGAGGUCAAAGUGGCAGGCUUGCUAUUGCCGGUGGAGUUCAACACACUCUCGGAGUACCUUCACCUCCUCAAAGCUGCGGCACAGGCUCUCAGCAACAUGGGGUCCGAGGCCAUGUUCUACCUGGCUGCUGCAGUUUCCGAUUUCUACAUCCCGGCAUCCGAGAUGCCGGAGCACAAGAUCCAGUCGUCCGAAGGGCCACUUCAGCUCAGCAUGAAGAUGGUACCCAAGAUGCUGUCUCCGCUGGUGAAGGACUGGGCCCCGAAGGCGUUCGUCAUCUCCUUCAAGCUAGAGACGGACCCGGGCAUCCUGCUGGAGCGGGCGCGUCGCGCGCUGGACACCUACCACCACCAGGCCGUGGUGGCCAACGUGCUGGACACGCGGCGCGGCUACGUGGUGGUGGUGACACAGGACCACGCGACAGAGCUGGCCCUCACGGCUGCCGAGGAACAGGCCAGGCUGGAGAUCGAGGAGAAGAUCGUCGGCAACCUGGUGUCGGCUCACAGCAACUUUAUUCUCCAGCAGGAUUAAGGCGAUCAUAUCAGGCAUGGACAAGCCCCUCCCAUCACAAUCCAACCAUUAGAAAUGGCGGACCCUCCACAGAACCCACCUAUCCAGCUUCUCUAGAUAAAUCCAAACUGGUACUCGGCCUUGAUGUAAAAUGUGUGAAAACUACAAGUGAUAGCAAAGUCUGUCUUGCACCUCCUAGAGAGACAGCGUCACCACUGCUGUACCAGCAGUCGCCGGUCUCCCCAUCCGGGAUGCGCCUGUAUUUUGUGUACCGCAAGAGGGUGGAGCAAUCAUUAAAUCACAGAUCUGUU